AUGCCUACUGAUUACAAGUUUGAGGGAUGGAUGGGAGAGGAUGAGAAGUCAGCGGAAGGGAAUAUGGUUUGGCAAGAGUACGAGCCCAAGAAGUGGGAGGAGACUGACGUCGAUAUCCGCAUCACCCACUGCGGUAUAUGCGGCUCCGAUAUUCACGUCCUCCGAUCAGGCUGGCGUCAAGCCCCAUACCCCGUCGUAGUAGGCCACGAGAUCGUCGGCGUCGCUGUACGCGUUGGAAGUCAAGCUGAAGGCGGCAUCAAAGUCGGCGACAUUGUCGGUGUCGGUGCUCAAUCCGACGCAUGCCUCAAUCGAAAGUUGGGCGAUGAUAACAAUGAACGGCCCAAGUGCAAUGAGUGUGCAUCUGGAGAGGAGAAUUAUUGCGCCCGCAUGGCUCCGACAUACGGUUCAAAGUUCCUUUCAACGGGCGAUAAGACGCAAGGUGGCUAUGCUCGCUAUCACCGCUGCCCUUCACACUUCGUCUUUCGCAUCCCUGAGGGUGUCGCUCCAGAAUAUGCGGCCCCGCUUCUCUGUGGCGGCGUUACUGUCUAUUCGCCUCUGAAGCAAUUUGGUGCUGGGCCUGGUAAGAAGGUCGGUAUCGUUGGCGUUGGAGGUCUAGGACAUUUUGCCGUACUCUUUGCUCGUGCGCUUGGGGCCGAUGAAGUUGUAGGUAUUUCGCGCAGGGAGAGCAAGAGACAGGAAGCUAUGGACUUGGGGUGUACAGAUUAUAUCGCAACUGCCGACGAGGAGGGAUGGGAAACGAAGAACUCUCGGAGGUUGGACCUCAUCAUCUCAACUGUAUCGUCUCCAAAGAUGCCUCUCGCUGAUUAUAUCGGCCUUCUACGACUAGACGGCACUCUCGUCCAAGUUGGACUUCCUGAAGGUCAACUCCCGUUCCGACCUGGUAGUCUCACUGGGGCGCGUCGAAGGAUUGCAGGCUCAAGCAUUGGAUCGCCAGCUGAGAUCAAAGAAAUGCUGCAGCUGGUCGCAGAUAAGAACGUCAAGCCCUGGGUCGAGAUGCGUCCUAUGUCAGAGGCAAACCAGGCUAUCGUUGACUUUGAGGCUGGAAAGCCGCGAUUCCGCUAUGUUUUAGUAAACCCGGAUUCCUGA